GAGACGUCACGUCUGAACAAGGUAGCAUACGUUAGCCGUUCGUCAAUAUACAUUGUAGGUUAUGGUAGGAGAUGAAUUAUACGAUAGGUCCAUGAUAUUAUAGCAAAAUUCUUUUUUGCCACAUCCCGGUCGAUGUUUAUGGAUUUCCAGAAGUUGACGUGUCUUUGAGCGAACUUCCAGGUAACGUUACGAAAAUGCCAUUGCAUGGGAAAAUAGUCGUGAUUAAGAGGAGUGGAGGAGAUGGGACUGAGUUUCCUCUUAUUUCAACAUGCCUAAUUGGAAGGAGGCCUGACUGCGAUAUUCGUAUUCAGCUUCCUCAAGUCUCCAAGGAGCAUUGCAGAAUUGACUUGAAUGAAAAUAAAGAGGUCAUUUUGACAAAUUUGAGCUCAGUGAAUCCAACUUGUGUGAAUGGAGAGGCUUUGCAGCAGUCUGAGCGUUUGAAGCAUGGAGAUGUGAUAACUGUUAUUGACCGUUCUUUUAGGUUUGAGUACCCUCCACCACCCACACCAAAGAAGAGGUCUUCCAAAGGAGGCAAAACUGAAACCCUCAAAGUUCUUCAAGAUCAGCAAGUGGGGGCCGCUGUCGCCACCGAAACAGGAGAAAAACGGAUCUCUGAAGUUACCACCGACCCUCAUCUGAAAGAUGGAACUAACCAUGACAACAUCCAGCGACCUCUGGAAAAAACUGUGGAGGUGGAGACCAAGGAGGAUGAUGGCCUGCUGCAAAGCAAGACCGCCUCCCCCUUCAACGAUCUGUAUCAAAUGAUCAAAAAAUCUCUGGAUGUCAAGACUCCUCGGAAAUCUUCUGCCAGCGUGCUUCAAACGCCUACCUCAAGGUUUUGCACUCCAAAACCUGGUUCAGUGAGGAAAAAUGAUGGGAAACCUGUCCUUUCAACCGAAGACAAAAGCACUCCAAAGAAGGAUGAAGCUAAAGUCUCUCCUGUAGCUGACGAAACUAAGGGGGAGGCUGAAAAUGUAAGUAACGGGACCCCCAAGUCUGUUAAGAAGCAGAGGAGGUCCUCCCAGGUUCCUUCUACUGAGCUGGCCAGACCUGAAGUUGGAGAAGCUGAAAAUGCUGCCGGCUCUGAAGCAACUUCACCCCAGAAGAGAAGCCGUACACCCCCCCAGAGGUUCAGUGCGUGUGAGGUUGAGCCCAAAUCACCCGUGAGGAGGAGAAGCAAGGAGGCAGAGCCUGCCGCGACCGAGGAACAAGAAGAACAAGCAGUGACUCCUACCAAAACGGAUGGUCUUAGAAGGUCAUCACCAAGGAACUCUGGGAAAGAGGCGUCCAAAAAACGUAAAUAUGGAGAGGUGGCGGCCGACUCGCCCACACCACAAAUGAAAAGGAAACGGGUUUCCUUUGGAGGUUACCUGUGUCCUGAGUUGUUUGACAAACGUCUGCCUCCUGACUCUCCAUUAUGCAAGGGGGCCACUCCGCGGAGAAGCUUGUGUGUCUCUAAACCCAAGCAGUCACUCCUCAGACGAGCAUCAGCCAUUGGUUUGCGACAGGAGUUUGAAGAAGAGCAUCCAGGUAGCCCUAAUGUGCGCAGUCCUGCAAAAAUGAGGACUCCAUCACCUAAAUCAUCAAAGAAGUCUCCAAAGGCCAGGACCCCCUCUCCCAAAGCUGCGUCUCCUGCAAAGAAGUCGCCAAAAUCCAAGAGUGCAUCUCCUGCAGGAGUCCAGACCCCCUUAAUACAAGGGCGCUUCUCUGUGUCACACAUCAGCACACCAUCUCCAGUUGCAGAAGAUGCCGUAACUGAUCAGGUGCCUUUAGUCACUGUAACUCCUAAAGUACCCCUGAGGAGGAAGAGCCUGUCCCGGGAGACUCCAAGUACGGCAAAGAGUGCUGUAAAAGUAAUGCGCAGAAGAAGUGGCAUUUCACGGGCAUCUCUGAAAGUCAAAAAUUCCUGGGCAGACAUUGUGAGAUUUGGGCCAACUAAGCUUCAAGUUGCUGUUCCAGCUAAAAAAACAGUCACCAAAAAGGCAGCAAAGAAGACUGUGUCCAAACCACAGACUCCUGCAAGAAAACCCAAAGACCAUGUCAGCACUGGACAUGCAGACUCACCAGUUACCAUUGUUGUGGGCAGAGCUCACAAACAAAAGGUUUUACAUCCAACUGGUGCUGCGCCAAGACUGGUCACCAACAUUGCACUCCUGAAAAAGAACAUGAAAAUGGAUGAGGACUUGAGUGGAAUUUCGGAAAUGUUAAAAACCCCUUUAAAUGAAAGGAAGGGGAGAUCAGUAAUUGGUGAGAACGAUGCCACAAAGACACCAGUGGGAGGUCUAGCCACAUCCGUGGUAGAACCAUCAGUGCUGAACACACCGGAGGAGCCAGGUGAAAUGAUGGUGUCUCCACUGAGUGUUUCGUCUACCGUAAAAGACCGAAGAUACAACACUGAGGCAGUCCAACGCCUCCUUAAUGAUGACCAAGAAUCUAGCAUCGUCAGUGACGGCUCUGCCUCUGAGAUUCACUGUGACGAUUUUAGCGAACAGCAGUGUGCAGAUUUGAAGACGACCUCUGUAACAACUCCCAAACAGAAGCCAGAAUUGCCAGAGUGUCUCACCGGAGUCAAGAGGAUCAUGAAGACGCCAAGACAGAAAGCCGAGCCUGUCGAGGACAUCAGAGGGAAGAUUUUGAAGACCCCUAAGCAGAAACCCGAGCAACAAGAGUGCCUCACCGGAGUCAAGAGGAUGAUGACUACUCCGAGACAGGAGGCUGAGCCUGUAGAGGACAUCAGAGAAGAACUUCUGACAACUCCCAAACAGAAGCCAGAAUUGCCAGAGUGUCUCACCGGAGUCAAGAGGAUCAUGAAGACGCCAAGACAGAAAGCCGAGCCCGUCGAGGACAUCAGAGGGAAGAUUUUGAAGACCCCUAAGCAGAAACCCGAGCAACAAGAGUGCCUCACCGGAGUCAAGAGGAUGAUGACUACUCCGAGACAGGAGGCUGAGCCUGUAGAGGACAUCGGAGAGGAACUUCUGACAACUCCCAAACGGAAGCCUGAACAACAACAGUGCCUCAGCGGAGUUAAGAGGAUUUGUAAGACCCCACAACAGGAGGCUGAACCUCUUGAAGAUGUUCAAGGAAAACUUCUGCAAGCUCCCAAAGCUCUAGAGGCUGGUGAUGCGAGUUUGGGUGGUGUUGAGCAAACUGUGGAGACGCCAGCACACAUGCAAGAAUCUGAAGACCUAUCUGAAAUGACAGACAUGAAAACUCCAAACGUAAAAAGCUCCCCAUUGGUACCUCCCAGAGAAAAGGCCAAACCUGUUGAGGAGAACUUUGGUAUCAAGAGGCUUGUGAAACCAGAGGAAGACUUUGGGGGACUUCAGGAGCUCAUGGAGGAGCCGCUGGCUGAACCCACAGGACAACUGGAGACAAAUGAGGUUGAGGAUCAAACCGCUCCAGAUUGUGAUGAAGAUGUAGCAAAAGAAGCAGAUGCAAAUGAAGUUGUCGUUGAUGACCACAUGGAGGAGGUGCCAAGUGGACACAAUGAUAAUGAAUCAUCAGAUGCCGUGGAAACGAUCUCUCAAGCAGCUGUAGAUGAGAAUAUAUCUGUGGAACAACCCACAGUGGACGCAGCAGAUGAGAAUAUAUCAGAACAACCCACAGUGGGUGCAGCAGAUGAGAAUAUAUCUGAAGAACAACCCACAGUAGAUGAGAAAAUAUCUGAAGAACAACCCACAGUAGACGCAGUAGAUGAGAAUAUAUCUGAAGAACAACCCACAGUAGAUGCAGAUAUAUCUGAAGAAAAACCCACAGUGGCUGCAGCAGAUGAGAUCUUACCUGUAGAACAACCCACAGUAGAUGAGAAAAUGUCUGAACAACCCACAGUGGAAGCAAUAGAUGAGAAUAUAUCUGGAGAACAACCCACAGUAGAUGCAGCAGGUGAGAAUAUAUCUGGAGAACAACCCACAGUGGAUGCAGCAGACAAGAUCUUACCUGGAGAACAACCCACAGUAGAUGAGAAUAUAUCUGGAGAACAACCCACAGUGGAUGCAAUAGAUGAGAAUAUAUCUGGAGAACAACCCACAGUGGACGCAAUAGAUGAGAAUAUAUCUGUGGAGACUGCUACUGGCAAAGUCACAGAAAUGGACACAACUGCCACCGAAGCUGAGCAUGAGAAGAAAUCCGUUCGAGGCAGAAGGGCAAAAACAGCUGAGGAUAAACGAGAGGCAGCAGAACAGUCUGAAGAUCCUGUCGUCCCUGCUCCAGUCAGAGGAAGGAGAGGGAAGAAAACUGAAGCUGCAGCACCACCUGCUGUGAAACAAACAACAAGAGGCAGAAAUGCAAAGUCCCAAGAAGACAGGGAUGUUGAGCUCCCAAUGGAGAAAAGUGCAUCCCUGCCUCCCAAAGUUGCCAUUAAGCCUAGAAGAGGAAGAAAUGCCAAAACCGCUUCUGAUGAUCAACUGGAGAUGGUCCAAGAGGUUGCCCCUGAAAUUGAACAGAAUCCACCUAUUGAUGUUGACCAAGAAGCACAUGACAGUGCAGCACCCCUGGAGAAGGCUGUGUUGAAGCCCAAGCGAGGGAGAAAAACUAAACAGCCUGAACAACCAGUGCCAGAGCAGGAAGAUGCGCCUAGUACUCACAGUGACGGUGUUCCCCAAGCCGACAUGGCUAAUGCAGAUGCAAAUGAGGUCUGCAGUGACCAGCUGGAGCUGGUGCUCAGUGGAAGUGAUGAAAAUCAAGAACAACCCACAGUGGAGACUGCUACUGGCAAAGUCAUCGAAUUAGACACAACUGCCACCAAAGCUGAGCAUGAGAAGAAAUCAGUUCGAGGCAGAAGGGCAAAAACGGCUGAGGAUAAACGAGAGGCAGCAGAACAGUCUGAAGAUCCUGUCGUCCCUGCUCCAGUCAGAGGAAGGAGAGGGAAGAAAACUGAAGCUGCAGCACCACCUGCUGUGAAACAAACAACAAGAGGCAGAAAUGCAAAGUCCCAAGAAGACAGGGAUGUUGAGCUCCCAAUGGAGAAAAGUGCGUCCCUGCCUCCCAAAGUUGCCCUUAAGCCUAGAAGAGGAAGAAAUGCCAAAAUGGCUUCCGAUGAUCAACCUGAGAUGGGACCAGAGAAAGCUGUGGAAACAACACCGGCAACUGAGAUUUCCACUGAAGCUGUGAGUGACCACACUCCAAUGAAAGAAAAUGAGUCUGCCCCCCCUGCAGAGGAAGCUGUCCUGAAGCCCGUUAGAGGGAGAAAAACUAAACUAACUCCUGUUGAGCCACCUCAGCCAGAGAAAAACGAAGUUGUGAUUAAUGAGCCUCUUACAGUCGAUGCACAACCUCAAAAGUCCAUUCCUGCUCUUGGAAAAGCCAGGAGAGGGAGACAGACGAAGCCUGAUGCUGUUGAACGGAAUGAGGUGAUGGAAGACACGGUUGUUGCUGUGGAGACCAAGCAGCAGUCUCAGCCUCCAGUCAGGGCUAAGAGGGGAAGAAAUGCUAAACAGGAAGAAGAGCAGCUAGAGUCGACUUCCGUGGAGACUGCCACAUCCCAGGAGCCAGCUAAAAAACUGAGGAGAACCAGGAAGGCAGAGCAAGACGUAGAACCGAGAGAAGUCCAAGCCGUUGAAAUGGUUAUUCCAGAGAAGACUGAAGCGCCACUUGUCGCCGAACCGGUGAUGAUGGAUGAACAGACUGCAGUGGCUGCAAAACCCAGGAGAGGAGGGCGGAAAGCAAAACAAGACCCCGAGCUCGAAACCCCUGUGGAGUCCACCGAGGUCCCUGCUGUCAGCGCCACAGACAAACUCAAAAGGGGUAGGAGAGGGAAACAAGUCACUGAAGAGGGUGGAGUCCCCGCUGUCGUACCAGAGGAACAACCUGACCACGAGCUGGAGGCCGAAGAGAAGAAUAUUACUGAGCCAAACGCUCCAGUUCUCAAACCAAGCCGGGCAAGGGGGGCGAAAACUUCUGUAAAAAAGGAGGUUUCACAAGCCGUUCCAGCCAAGAGAGCCCGUCGAGGCGCAGCUCUUGCCCUUGAUGAGUCCAGUGCCGAAUCCACAGCGCCUGCGCCAACUUCAGUAGAGCCCGCCAAAAAAGGGAGACGGGCAGCAGCAAAGCCCACAGCAGAUGAUGCCACAGUGACCGGAGAGCAGCCUAAUCCCACUGAAGAUUCAAGCGAUGCGGUCGUGGAAGACGCCAAAAUGUCCAAAAGAUGCGUGAGGUGGAAAGCAGAUUUGGAAGUCUUUGACGUUUCAAGAGUAACCCCUGUGAAGGCAGUCCGAGGUAGGAAACCGAAACUUGCAGUCCAAGUCGACGCUGAAAGCAAAACCGUGUCAGAGGAUGCUGAGGAAACUGAAGAGAAGGAUCUCUCAGACCGAGUUGUUGAAGCUCAGCCCGUCAAGAGAGCCAGGCGAGGGGCGAAGGUCGCGGAUGUAACCACCGCUGAAGGGGAGUCCACACGCAAGGUGAAAAGUGUUGAGGUGGAGACACAGCCAAAAACCCGAAGAGGAAGAAUCGCUAAGAAAUAAAGGCGUUUGUGUAUAUAUUCUUAAUCCUAAUCACAUUUUUCUUAUCUUUUUGUAAUUGUCAUUGUAUUGUGUUUUAGAAAGUAGUUUUAUGGACUGAAAAUUAAGCACUGUUUCUUUUCUUUUUUCUUCAAUACAGCAGGGAAUUGUUUGACCAUUUAUUUUGUUACAAGGUGUAUGUUCAUUGCUGAUUUUGCAAAUUUGUAUGGUGAAAAAAGUGAUUAAAUCUUUUAGUACAAAAAA